AGCAGGAGGCAGCGCCGCGUGCUUGCAGCCGAGGCCGACUGCAGCGGGCCGUGUGCGGGGGUCCGUCUCCUCUGCCCCGCCCUCGGGAGGCCCCGCUGGAGCGCUGCGUCCGCACGGGGCCCGGAGCGAGGAAACGGGGCUGUGGGAGCCGGUCCGGAGCGGGGCCGCCAUGACGGUGAGAGGCUGCAGCGCCUCUGCCAUGGAGACGGACUGGUGGGAGCCGGGCUGUGUAGCCUGGAAGAAGCCCUGGGAGACCUUGCUCUGCGGCCUUACAGAGCAACACUUAAAAUGUUAAAGGCAGUUUUAAAGAAGAGCCGAGAGGGUGGAAAAGGGAGCAAAAAAGAAUCAGGGGACUCUUGCCCAGAGAAUGCCUUGCAGAGCGUUGCAGCAUCUGGCCACAGUGCAGAUCUUCCCAGUGGCAAUCAGCCCGUUCCGGGGGAUGCUUACAGGAUGAACUUGGCUAAAGGAGUCUCAAUGUCUUUGCCAUCUUCACCUCUGCUGCCACGCCAGUCUUAUUUGAUGCAGUCACGAUCAAACAAAAAGUCCCCAGGUCCUAUCAGGAAGGCCAAGUAUGUGGAAAGUCCUAGAGUGCCAGGUGAGGCAAUUCUACUGCUAAGAAAACAAUCAGAGCAAGAAGAACCCAGUCAAAAUGGUAGGAAUCUGUUCAGUGAUACUUUAUCCAUUCACGUCAAAGAAAGUGAUAAAAAAUAAUAAAACUGAAAUUUGAAUCUUUA